CUGACACAACUUGAGAGGAGUCAGACCAUACAGACCAUUCAUAAAACCACAUCAACAACACAACAGCACACCAAGCUAGACUCACAUCAGCCCACUUCUCCAGUUCACCCUCUUUGACUCACUGUGCACAUUUAUUCUUGCGGCUUUUCACUUAUGUCCCGCAAAUCCAGCGAUGACUAUAAUCUGCGUAGUAUGAGCAAUCUGAUGGGCGAGAGGAGGAAGCGAGCGUCGGAUGACGGAGAGCGGAGUCUCAUCAAGGCUCCGUCCAGCGCCAGCCUCAGCAGCGCCGGUCCCUCAGCAGCGUCCCCCGCGCCGGCGGACCUGGAGCGUGCGGCGCGCAAACAGUUCCAGCAGGAUGUCACGCCGGGUUUCGUCUACGUCUUGGCCGUGUUCUCCGCUAUCGGCGGCUUUCUGUUCGGAUAUGACACCGGGGUGGUGUCCGGAGCGAUGCUUUUGCUCAAGAGGGACAUGAAUGUAACUGCCCUGUGGCAGGAGCUGCUGGUGUCCGGGACUGUUGCCGCGGCGGCGGUCUCCGCGCUGCUCGGCGCGUAUCUCAACGGACUGUUCGGGCGGCGGGUGUGCAUCCUCACGGCCAGCUUCACCUUCGCCAUUGGGGCGAUAGUGUUGGGAUCUGCACCCAAUAAGGAGGCUCUGCUGGUUGGACGGCUCAUAGUGGGACUUGGGCUGGGUAUUGCAUCCAUGACUGUUCCUGUGUACAUUGCUGAAACCUCACCGCCCCACCUGAGAGGACGCCUGGUCACCAUCAACACUCUGUUCAUCACAGCAGGCCAAUUCACAGCCAGCGUUAUUGAUGGGGCCUUCAGCUACAUGCAGCAUGAAGGCUGGAGAUAUAUGCUGGGUCUGGCAGUGGUCCCUGCAUUGCUGCAGUUCCUAGGGUUCCUUUUCCUACCCGAGAGUCCUCGCUGGCUCAUCCAGAAAGGUCUUACCCAGAAGGCCCGGCGCGUACUCAGCCAAAUCCGUGGCAACGAGAACAUUGACGAGGAGUAUGAUACUAUCAAAAGCAGCAUUGAAGAGGAGGAAAAAGACUGCGGAGGAGAGGGCCCGGUGAUCUGGCGCAUGUUGACCUACCCUCCGGCACGCCGUGCUCUCAUUGUGGGUUGUGGACUCCAGAUGUUCCAGCAGCUUUCUGGCAUCAACACGGUCAUGUACUACAGCGCCACCAUUCUGCAGAUGUCUGGAGUACGUGAUGACAAGUUGGCCAUCUGGCUAGUGACUGUAACAGCGUUCACAAAUUUUCUGUUUACUUUGCUGGGCGUUUGGUUGGUUGAAAGGGUGGGCAGACGCAGACUUACGUUGGGAAGCAUCUUUGGUACUGUUUUGAGUCUGUGUAUCCUAUCGGUUGGCUUCCUCCUGUCAGCCCAGCAUUCUCCUCCUGUUACACUACAUCUGACGGACCCCACGACACCCAACUCCAGCUGCACAACACAUCUGUCAUGCGAGCCCUGUAUGUUGGACCCAAGCUGUGGUUACUGUUAUCAGGAAAACAGCACUGCUGUGUUUGCCUCCUCCUGUGUGCCCGUCAAUCCGGCCUCUACUGAGAGAGCAGCGUGGGGCAAGUGCUCCAACUCCACACAUAUGCCAGAUAGUGGUAUAUGGGCUUAUAAUUUUUGCCCAACAUCUUAUUCAUGGGUUGUGCUCCUGGGACUGGUGCUCUAUCUCGCAUUUUUUGCCCCAGGAAUGGGACCGAUGCCAUGGACAGUUAAUUCUGAAAUCUACCCUCUUUGGGCCAGAAGCACAGGCAAUGCUUGUUCGGCCGGAGUGAACUGGACCUUCAAUGUGCUGGUGUCUCUAACGUUCCUUCACAUGGCCCAGUACCUGACUUACUACGGUGUAUUUUUCCUGUAUUCCAGUUUGGCUCUAACUGGUUUCUUUUUCAUUUAUGGCUGCCUGCCCGAGACUAAGGGACGGCGGCUAGAAGAGAUUGAGUCCUUGUUUGAAAACCGGCUUUGCUCAUGCGGGAUCUCGGAUUCUGAUGAGGAUCGGCAGGUGGAAUACAUCCGGGUGAAAGGGUCAAACUACCAUCUAUCGGACAACGACGCAUCAGAUGUCGAAUAACUCAUGUGAAACCUCUAGGUUGGUAAACAGGAAUGAGAAGGUAUCGAUUGAGCCUCAUUCAACCCUGACAUCAGGUCCGCCCACUGUAUCGGUCAGGUUGAGCCUCUCAAGAACAGGGUUGUAGAGCACACACAAACAAACACGCAGUGCCAAGUCAGCUUUUAUAAUAUCGUCAGUAUGUUUUUGCGUCACAGUACAUGCAGAUCUACUGGCUCUUUUCUCCACUGUCGGAUGAAUAUCCUCUGCUUAUUUAUGUAAAAUGAGAUGUUAGCUGUAAAUUCAAUAAUAUGUAUGCAGAAGGAUAUUAUUUUUUUCUUAAUGUCAUGUCUAAGUGCGAACUCAAUGCAAAUUUUAUAUUAGAAAAUAACACUUAUGCACACAAAGAAAAAUAUAAGCUACACUACCAGUCAAAAGUUUGGACGCACCUACUCAUCGUUUAAUAGUAUUUUUCACAGUGAAGUCAUUAAAAUAUGAAAUAUCAUUAAUGGAAUUAUGUAGAGAUCAAAAAUAUUUAACAAAUCAAUUUUUCUAUAUAUUUCAAAUAGCAACCCAUUGCCGAUAUUACAGCUUUGCACGCUUUUGGCAUUCAAGUGUGUCUACAGUUUUUAUUAGUAGUCUACAAGUAAUCCAAACCAACUGCUUUAAGUGAUUUGAAGUAACUCCCUAAAUAUGAACAAAAAUCAAACACAAGUGAAUAAACGUCAUUUUCAUGUCCCUCUGGCCUACUCAUUAAAAUCUUUAAGGCUUUGAAAAUGUGUAGCAAAUCACAUUGCUUGUUUGUAAUAUGCGAUCACUGUCUAGUUUUUGAAGUACAGUAGUUUAUUUUGUAAUUUGAAACUUCAUGUUUGUAGGAUUAAAGAUGAUUGACACAAAAUGUCAUAUGUAGCUUUCUGCAGUUCCCUGUGAUAGUGUAGUGUGGCCUUAUAAAAUAUUUCACAAUUUUUUACUUACGUUUUGACAGUUUACAUUAUUACUGUGUGGUUAAGACUCAUUUCUUUUAAAAUUUUGGUCACCCAAGGUCCAAUUUUCGCUAUGAACAAACCAUUAACUAUGGCUUUUGCCUCAAUAGACUCC